ACACGUAAUGCUUCUGAGAAUUCGAAGCUAAUGAAGCUCUUCGUCAGUAGUAAUCUGCUCAGAAACUCUAUUUUCUUCAAGAUCUCCGCCUUUGUUUUGAUCUCCGUUGCUUGUUUCUUCCUCGGUAAACAUUGGUCUGAGGAUGGCUUCCGUCGUCUCAUCUUCUUCUCCGCCGAGCCUUCUCGAUCCCCCAUUGUCGCACUCUCACCUGAUUUCGGAAAAACGUAUAACAUCUCUGAUUUGAUCUAUGAGAGUCACCCGAUUUUGCCUCCGUCUUUGUCACCACCGCCGCCGCCAGAUUCUGUUGAGCUGAAGGUGUUUGGGAUCGUUAAUGAGAAUGGAACAAUGUCUGAUGAGUUCCAGAUUGGUGAUUACGACGCUGAAUCGGCGGAGACGUUGGGGAAUCAGACGGAAUUCGAGAGUAGCGACGGUGGCAACGAAUCCACCACGGCUAGAGUUAGUGUGAGGAAAUUCGGGAUGUGUUCGGAGAAUAUGACGGAGUACAUUCCUUGUUUGGAUUAUGUAGAAGCCAUCAAAAGGCUUAAUUCGACGGCGCGUGGAGAGAGAUUUGAGCGGAAUUGUCCUAAAGAAGGAAUGGGGUUGAAUUGCACCGUUCCUGUUCCCAAUGGGUACCGUCCUCCGAUUCCGUGGCCGAAAAGCCGUGAUGAGGUGUGGUUCAACAAUGUUCCACAUACUAAACUUGUUGAAGAUAAAGGUGGUCAAAACUGGAUUUACAAAGAGAAUGACAAAUUCAAGUUUCCUGGUGGUGGUACUCAGUUUAUACACGGGGCUGAUCAGUACUUGGAUCAGAUCUCUCAGAUGAUUCCUGAUAUCAGCUUUGGUAAUCAUACACGAGUUGUUCUUGACAUUGGAUGUGGUGUGGCAAGUUUUGGUGCCUACUUAAUGUCACGAAAUGUCUUGACUAUGUCUAUAGCUCCAAAAGAUGUUCACGAGAACCAGAUACAAUUUGCUCUUGAGCGUGGUGUUCCUGCAAUGGUGGCAGCAUUCACAACACGGAGAUUGUUGUACCCAAGCCAAGCUUUUGAUUUGGUUCAUUGUUCAAGAUGUAGAAUCAACUGGACUCGUGAUGAUGGGAUCCUGCUCCUUGAAGUUAAUAGGAUGCUUCGUGCCGGAGGAUAUUUUGUUUGGGCAGCACAACCUGUAUAUAAGCAUGAAAAGGCCUUGGAAGAACAGUGGGAAGAGAUGCUAAACCUUACCACUAGGCUAUGCUGGGUUCUUGUAAAGAAGGAAGGAUAUAUAGCUAUCUGGCAGAAGCCUGUAAAUAACACAUGUUAUCUUAGUCGUGGUGCUGGAGUCACUCCUCCUUUGUGCAAUUCUGAAGAUGACCCAGAUAAUGUUUGGUACAUGGAUCUGAAGGCAUGCAUUACUAGAAUUGAAGAAAAUGGAUAUGGAGCAAAUCUUGCUCCUUGGCCAGCUCGUUUACAGACCCCACCGGAUAGGCUGCAGACAAUACAAAUUGAUUCUUACAUAGCCCGAAAAGAGCUCUUUGUAGCUGAAUCAAAGUACUGGAAAGAAAUAAUAUCAAACUAUGUAAAUGCCCUUCACUGGAAGCAGAUAGGACUCAGAAAUGUCUUGGACAUGAGAGCUGGAUUUGGCGGAUUUGCAGCUGCAUUAGCUGAGCUAAAGGUUGAUUGCUGGGUUCUCAACGUUAUCCCAGUCAGUGGUCCCAACACAUUACCCGUUAUAUAUGACCGUGGACUACUAGGAGUAAUGCAUGAUUGGUGUGAGCCAUUCGAUACUUACCCCAGAAGCUACGAUUUGCUGCAUGCCGCGGGUCUAUUUUCCAUUGAAAGAAAAAGGUGCAACAUGACAACGAUGAUGCUAGAGAUGGACCGGAUUUUGAGACCUGGAGGACGUGUAUACAUACGGGAUACUAUCAAUGUAAUGAGUGAGCUUCAAGAGAUUGGAAACGCAAUGAGGUGGCACACGAGCUUACGUGAAACUGCUGAAGGACCUCACGCAAGUUACAGGGUUCUCUUCUGUGAGAAGCGGUUAGAAUUGUCUGAGAAGCGUCUGUCCAUGGAGCUGCGCUUGGGGAGAAGGAACUUUGGGUUGCCAUAUGAGGUAGCUGAGGAUGUGAAAAGAAAAUACCAUCUCAAGAAAAGAAAAAUUCAGAAACUUAACGAGCUGGUCCGAGAUCUAAGGAGGCAGUUGCUACAAUGCAGAAAUGACAAUCAGGUUGAGUUGACGGAGCUAGAAACUGAGCUUGAUCAGCUGCUGUUAAAUGUUACGAUUGAUGAAUACCUCGAAGCUCGAAAGAAGAAUAUGGAAGAGAAGCUCUUAGCAGCUUUGAUUUCAAAGAAGUUGCAGCUUCGCUUUCUGAUCCCAUCAAUUAAAACCUUACCCAAAGCUGAAGUCACCAAUAUAUUCUUCAGAGCUAUUGCAGUUGCCUUGCUGAGAGGUAACAUAAGGAAAGAUAAAUUGGAGAGAACUAGUGAUACUGGAAAAGCAACUAUCAAAAGAGUUGCUGCAACUCUAGGGAUUGAAAUCAGAGACAAGUGUCAAAAAAAGCUUGUUCUAACAAACAAAACUGUGACUUUCUCAAGAAUGAUAGCUCUUCUCCCUCACUUGGCAAGCCAGCUAAUUAUCUCUAAGGAGAGCCUUUUUGUCAAAAAGUUUGCUCCUUUCAUUAAUGCCAUUAGUUUCCUGCUCAAACUCAUAAGCUUCCUAUUGCUAUGCUUCACUCUGGAUUUGCUGGAGAUUGCAUGGUAUGCAGAUGGGGAAACAAUUGUGAGGAAUGAGCAUAAUCAAUCAAUAGCUUAUGCAUAUGAUCGUGUUUUCGGGCCUACGACGACUACACGCUAUAUCUAUUAUGUUACUGCUCAGCAUGUCGUUCAUGGUGCUAUUGCGGGGAUCAAUGACAGUUUUGUUUGGUUCAAAUGUCAGAGGGACCAAAGAUCUCCUGGUAUAAUACCAUUAGCCGUGAAAGAUACUUUCAGCAUUAUACAAGAGGGAAACUUUAUUGAAGGGAUUAAAGAAGAAGUUGGUAUAUCCCCUGCUCAUGCGCUUUCUCUUAUAGCAGCUGGAGAAGGUGUGGUUCCACAUAGUCGACUUGUUGAAGACAAAGGUGGUCAAAAUUGGAUUUACAAAGAAAAUGACAAAUACAAGUAUCCUGGUGGUGGUACUCAGUUUAUUCACGGAGCUGAUCAGUACUUGGAUCAGAUCUCUCAGAUGAUUCCUGAUAUCAGCUUUGGUAAUCAUACACGACUUGUUCUUGACAUUAGAUGCGGUGUUGCAAGUUUUGGUGCCUACUUAAUGUCUUGACUAUCUCCAUAGCUCCAAAAGAUGUUCAUCAGAACCAGAUACAGUUUGCUCUUGAGCUUGGUGUUCCUGUAAUGGUGGCCAAGCCAAGCUUUUGAUUUGGUACUUUGUUCAAGAUGUCUAAUCAACUGGACUCGUGAUG